ACUAUCACCCACACAUAGCAUUUCAAAACAAUAAACUCUCACCAGUCACCACCUUCUCCAUUAUUCUAUCUCACCAUAUCAUCCUAUUUUUAGCUCCAAAAUCCCCAUUCCAAGCCUAAAUCUUUCAUCUUCAAGGUGAUCUCAAACAUUUUAAGGGGUUUUCUUGCUUAAGGACUCAGAUUUUCUCGUUUCUCUCAAGAAUCUUCACCUAGCUUUGCUAGUGAAAAAGCAGGAAGCAUAGGUUAACACUGUUUCUCCUCUCCAUAUCAGCACUCUCUUUAGUCAGACUCAAUAAUCCAACAAACAUCUCAAUGAAGAAGCUCUUGUUAUUUGCAUUCUUCUUGAUUUUCUACGCAAAUUGUCGGUUUACACAGUCAACAAAGCUCCAUACGCAAGAAGUUAAAGUACUGAAGGAAAUUUGGAAUAAGACAAGGGUUCUUGAUUGGGACUUUGACAAGGAUCCAUGCAGUUUGGAAGGGGACUGGCUCUACAGUGUUGACUGCAAUUGUUCUUUUGACGGAAAUACCACGUGCCGUGUUACUAGAAUAUUUAUAACGCAGAAGAAUAUCACAGGACCCAUUCCAUCCGAGUUUGCCAAGCUUAGGCAUCUUCAAAAUUUGGAUCUAAGUCAAAACUACUUCAGUGGAACCAUACCAUCUGAAUGGGCCACCAUGCCUUUGAGAAAGCUCUACCUUGAGGGAAACAUGUUAUCCGGUCCAUUUCCAACAACUCUCACCAAAAUGACCACCCUUCAAACGUUGGUCUUAGAAGGAAAUCACUUUUCAGGACCCAUACCCAAAGAGAUUGCAAACUUGACAUAUAUGAAAGAGCUUGAUCUAUCGUCAAAUGAUUUCACUGGCGAACUCCCAAGUGGAGUAGCAAACCUUACCAAGUUGACCACUCUGAGGUUAAGCGGAAACAAUUUUACUGGAAAGAUACCGAGCUUUAUUGAGAAAUGGACGCGAAUUGAAAAACUUCAUAUACAAGGUUGUUCUUUUGAGGGGCCCAUACCUUCUAGCAUCUCUCGCCUAAUACAUUUGCAGGAUUUGAGAAUCAGUGACUUAAAAGGUGGAGCUUCUACUUUUCCCUCACUAGCGAAAAUGCAAGAACUGAAUACAUUGGUACUUAGGAAUUGUUUUAUUCAUGGGAAAGUUCCUAACUACGUCGGAGAUAUGAAAGAGCUGAAUACGUUGUAAGUAAUUCACAAGAUGUUCCUUCCUUCUCAUGCAUAUAGAUUAUCAUGGGUAGGUUUGAAGCCGAGAUGUGUGUUUUGAAACUUAUUAAAUUGUUUGAGGCUUUAGUUUGAAUGAACUACAUUUCAAUGCUUGGAUAACAAAAUCCACUUCUUGAU